AUACUAAAUAUUAAAAAUAAAAAAAGGUACAUUGGGUAAUGGAACAGCCAAUCUGGUAUAAGUAUGCGUUAAAUAAGAGGGGAUCUUGAUGAAUUGUUCUUAAAAAUUUAUUGUUUUCUAGAAGAAUAAUAUGUUGUGGGCAUUGUGGAUUUUAAAACACGCAAGUUGGCGAUCAUUAGGCGGGGAAUACUACAUAUAAGAUACUUAACUUGUUCUACAACUGCAUUAAUUCCGAAUGUACUAUUGAACUGCUAAUGAUAAACUUAAAUUUCUGUAAAAGUAAUUUAGUUAAAAAAUUAUCUUCUAUUUUAACAGUCAGAAUAUUUGUGUUGGAAUAAAAAUUUUAUAAAAAUGGCAUUAAUUCAAGAAAAAACCAUGUUGACUGAUAUGGAACAGAUGCCCUCCUUAAAACUUGGAGAUUUCGUAUUACAAUUUGAACUUGGGCCACCAACACCAGAAAUCCAAGAGGUUGCUAAAAAAGAAUUACGAGAAACACCAGAAGUUCAAAAGAAAGCAGUGGAAGAAUUGAAAGAGUUACUGAAAAAAGAUACGGAUCUUAAAUGUCCGCUACAUAAUGAAUCUUGGCUCAUAAGAUUCUUGAGACCAUGUAAAUAUUACCCUGAGUCAGCUCACAAACUCGUCCGUGAAUAUUAUUCAUUCAAAGUGAAACAUGCGAAUGUAUAUGAGGGUCUAAAACCGAGCAAUGAAAAAAAUAUUUUUGAGCACAAUAUUUUAACUGUUCUCCCUAAUCGUGAUCAAAACGGACGAAGAAUAUUAAUCAUUGAGCUUGGAAAAAAAUGGAAGCAUAACAAAGUAUCCUUGGAUGAAGUAUUCAAAGGAUGUGUACUAUACUUAGAAGCAGCCAUGUUGGAGCCAACUUCACAAAUAGCCGGUGCGGUUGUGAUAUUUGAUAUGGAUGGGCUGAGUUUACAACAAACUUGGCAAUUUACUCCGCCAUUUGCUAAAAGAAUUGUUGAUUGGCUUCAAGACGCCGUUCCAUUAAGAAUUAAGAACAUUCAUAUUGUCAACCAACCAUACGUUUUUAACAUGGUAUUUGCAUUGUUUAAACCUUUUCUUAGACAAAAGCUAAAGGACAGAAUUAUUUUCCACGGUACUGACCGCAAAUCUUUGCAUAAAUAUUUGUCACCAAAAUGCUUACCCGAAUGCUAUGGUGGAACUCUUUCUAUUCCUAGAGUUACAGGAGCACAGUGGCUCGAAUUAUUAUUAAUGUGUGAUAAAGAAUAUGAAGCAAUAAAUUCAUAUGGUUUCAAUAAAAAUUAAUGCGGAUGUAGGAGAAAUUUUCAUAGAAUUAAAAAAAAAAAGUGAACACCUAAAGGGUUUAUGUUAAAUUAAAUAUAUAUCUGUAAAGAAAUGAAAGUAUGGAAAAUUAUUAAUACUCAACAGACAAUAAAGAGUUUUUGAUACAAUAACUAUUCGUCGUAUCGAAUAACACAAAAAUAUUAACUUCGAAGAAUAAUGUUUCAAAUUUAGUUUCUGAAUUCAGUUUUAUAACAUGAAGGGAUGUGCAGGCACAAACUUUUUUUUAUCAACGAAUGUUUGUGUUGUAUAAAAUCAAUUUUAGAUGUAUUUCUAAGAAAUAUUUGAUAUUAAUAUCUUUUUUGAGUGUGAUGUGCUAGUGAAAGAUGUAAUGUACGCACAUUAUGAUUAUAAUAAUUGAUUUAUUUUUUGAGUGAAUGUAAUAAAUAAUAAAAAAUAUAGAAAGACCAGGAAAAAGGUGGUUGUAGUUUUAAUUACUAUUAACUGACAUAAACGAUGUAACAGUUAAGUAGUACUGAAAGAGAUGAAGGAGUGUAAGAUAUUUAGUGAAAAAAAGCAAAAAUCAAGAUUGUACUUAUAUCGCAUGAAUACUUAAUAAAAUUGUUAUCUAUGAAUAAUUGUUAACUAUGAAAAUCAAA